AUGCGGAUCAGCAAGGGAUUCAUAAAGCUAUUUUUUGGGAGCCUUCUAUUUUGCUUGAUAGCGCAGAUAUGCUGGCUUGUACUUGUACGUCAUCAGCGACAGUUAAGACUGGAUUCAUAUUUUCUGGAGAGGUCCCGAGAAGCUUCAUCAGGUUAUGAUUCUUCUCGAAAACGACAACUGAAUCAAAUGCUAAAGUUAUCUAGCAACACAUAUAUUGAUGAGUUACACGACGAGAACAGAAGAAAAGAAUUUGUAAGAGAAAAUGCUACACUACUAAUGCUCGUGCGUAAUUGGGAACUGACUGGAGCACUUCAUUCCAUGAGAUCAUUAGAGGACCGUUUUAAUAAAGACUACCAGUAUGACUGGACAUUUCUUAACGAUGUUCCAUUUGAUGAAGAGUUUAUUGAGGCCACUACUGCUAUGGCCAGUGGGAAAACACAGUACGCUUUAAUCCCAGCAGAGGACUGGAACAGACCAUCUUGGAUCAACGAAACUUUAUUUGAAGAGGCUUUGCAAUUAAUGGAGGAAAAAAAUAUCUUGUAUGGUGGGUCGAAAUCUUAUAGAAACAUGUGCCGAUUCAACUCUGGAUUCUUCUUUAGACAAAGAAUAUUGGAUCAGUACGAUUAUUAUUUUAGAGUUGAACCAAAUGUAGAGUAUUUUUGCGACUUUCCCUACGAUCCUUUUCAAGUGAUGAGAAAGAACGAUAAAAAAUAUGGUUUUGUGAUAACUAUGUAUGAGUAUGAAGAUACAAUUCCAAGCCUAUGGGAGGCUGUGGAAGAAUAUUUGGAAGAAACAGAGUCCAAAGAUGUUGAUAUGGAAAACAACGCUUUUAGUUUUAUCUCAAAUUUCGAUUUUUUCGGUAAAUCAUUUGGUGUCAUGGACAGUAAUAGCGACUAUAAUUUAUGUCAUUUUUGGACAAAUUUCGAAAUUGGUGAUUUGAAUUUUUUCAGAAGUGAGAAAUAUAUCAGAUUCUUCGAGUACUUGGACUCGACGGGUGGCUUUUACUAUGAAAGGUGGGGAGAUGCACCAGUACAUUCGAUCGCUGUGUCCCUCCUUCUCAAGAAAGAUGAAGUCAUUCAUUUUGAUGAACUAGGGUACAAACAUAUGCCAUUUGGUACGUGUCCAUCUGCAUACUACUUGAGACUACAACAGAGGUGUCUUUGUGAUAGCAAUCACCCUGAUAAUAUCGACCUCAACGUUAUCAGUUGUUUAAGAAGAUGGUGGAAGGACGGCAGCGGCAAAUACUUCCUCAAGCAUAAUUCAUAA